GGAGACAUCAACAAAUGGAACACAAAUUAACUUAAGCCUACAGGAGGCUGGUGACACCUGAAAGAGGGCACAAGAGUUUGUAAACAUAAAGUGUGAAUAUGGGUGAAAAGAAGCCAGAGCCUUUGGACUUUGUAAAAGAUUUUCAGGAGUAUCUUACCCAGCAGACUCACCAUGUAAAUAUGAUUUCUGGAUCAGUUAGUGGAGACAAGGAAGCAGAGACUCUUCAGGGAGCUGGAACAGAAGGUGAUCAGAAUGGUCUGGAUCACCCUUCUGUUGAAGUCUCACUGGAUGAAAACUCAGGAAUGUUGGUGGAUGGGUUUGAAAGGACGUUUGAUGGAAAGUUAAAGUGUCGAUACUGCAACUAUGCCAGCAAGGGAACAGCCCGGCUCAUAGAGCACAUCAGGAUUCAUACAGGUAGGAAAUGCUCUGUGGUGCUUCAAGCAGGGUGGUAGUUCUUAGUU